GUGUGGCAAAUCAUAAAAUAUCCCCUCUGCCUCUUCGACGACGGACAAAUAGCGAGUAUGCCAGCGCCGGCGGACAGUUCUAUCCCGGAGAGCGACUAGGGGGUGCCAAGCUCUGAGGCUCGGGGACAUGUUGUAUCGAUCUGCAGCAGCCCCCUGGUCGAUCUGCACCCUGCACGCCGCUCGGGUGCCCCGACCUGUGCCAGGCGUCUGCACGCCCAGAGAUACCUUGCGGAUGCCUUGGCCGGCACCAGCAUGAGAGGAGGCGAGGACAUGCUAAACUCUGCCCGACUGCCCGCCGCUUCUAUAGCUGAGCACGCAGCACAUCAGCAGAAGGUCUGCACCCGGCGCCAGAUCUCAUGCACGACUGGCCCGCCCCGUUUUGCAUGUCGAUUCUCAACUCUAGACCUGAUCGGAUUCUGGUCUCUAACUCUGGAUUGGUCUUAACCUGAGUGUAUUAGUAAUGUGCUACUACUGGUUUAGGAUUUGGAUGACUCGGAUGGUUCUUUGUAUUGCAGCUCCAUUGCCAUGUUCAACAGUUUGGAGGGGUUCAAUCGCUGAUUGAUGCGCUUUAGCUUCCAGGUCAUUAAAUUUAUAAGAAGCUGUCAGCCAUCAUAACACAAGAGGUUCAACUUUUUACCCUUUGAUUGUUGAUUCAUGUGCUUCAGCCUGAAGUUCCUUGUGACUUGGACACUUCAUUUAUGAUCAGCUGUGGUCUGUAGAAGUGCGGUUGAAUUUUUUUUUAUUUGGAGCUUUACUGAACAUGUGUUCGUCAUCAGAACGUCUUGUGCGCCAUGAGCAGAAGUGCAUCCCUCAAGCCUCAAGAAAGGAUUGUGUUUGGUAUUUCUAUGUUUUAUCUACGUGUGGUUUACCUCUCCACCCAUGAUAUUGUUGCCCAUUCAGGUGCUAUACCAACCUAUAUCUUGUUUUAAUGGAUGUAUUCCAUUACGAUUUACUAUUUUUUACCUUUAAUUGGAUACCACCAGUGCACUGUGAUGGUGAAAGCAUGCAAAGCCCUGUGAUGGAAGAGAUCAUGCAGUCUGUGGUUUCUUUGACUUAACAUCAGUAUGGGAACUAUGUUAUCCAGGUGGAUGCUUAUUCAUUUGCCUGGUAAAUGUUUUCUGAAACAACGAUUUCACUUAUGCCUGUUAGAUUAAUGGGAGGCAUAGGCUUUGUUCUUGGAUUUAUCUUUCACAAAGUUGGCAAUUGCUCAUCAUGUAAAUGUGUGUUCAGUUCUUUUAUAUUUCACUGGAAUAAAUUUUAAUUAUCUUAGAUGAUGUACUGUUUUGUUCGUACUUCCCGUGCAAUUACCACCAAAUAGUUAAGGUUAUUUGUUGUAGUUUUAUUUUAUAAUUCCCAUGUGCAAUAUUAAAUAUGGACAAUUUUCUGUUUAUCAUUACCUUCUACUUCAAAUAAUCCCACUUACACAAAGAGCUUUAUAUUUCUUAUUUUGUAGCAUAUCUUAUUUUGUAGCAUAUCUUGCAACAUGGAAAACUAGAAUAGUGUGCUUCUGCAAUCAGAUGACGCGCUGGACAGACCGUGAAGAUGAUCCAGCAGAAAUUCGCUUCCAACGUUGUCGAGAAGUGCCUUUCUUUUGAUUUUCUUGACGGGCGCCAAAUUUUAAUUGAUGAGAUGGUUGGCGCUACCGAUGAGAAUGAGCCAUUUUCUUCUGCCUCUACCACGGAAGUGCAUAAAUUUUCCUCCUGAUCGGUGCCGUCAUGGUCAACACCUCAACAAGUUUUCUUCAAAAUUACUGCUGAGACCUGGGAUGUUGUUGGACGCAAUUUGUUACGGCAGCUGGGACACAGACAACGGGGACAUGAUUAGCUCGUCGCUGGACCACCUCUUGUUCUGUUGGCUAUCUGUAGUCUGAAGUUUGUAUGUAUAACGCUGUGUGAGUGAGUUUGGUACCCAUGCUUGGAGUGGCCAUGUCCGCCUCACGCAGCCCCAUCACUGCCUUUUUUUUCUUCAAGGCCGGAACCUGUAGUUUGCAAUCAAAUAUGCAGAAGCUAUUGGGAUUCCACGCUAGGUGCUCUGAGACGGACUGCAACCCCAAGCACGACCUAGCCGAGUUCCUCGCCAACUCCAUCAUCUACCGCUACCUCUGCAGCAGCGAGGACCUGCUCCAGGACGUCCUUGGCGGCAUGGACGCACUCGCCGCGUUCGGAAAUCGGAUGAGAAGGGAUACCUUAACUCAAGUUGUUUCUGUCCGUCGCUGAUAUGUUCAUACUAUGCUGAACUAUGAGGAUAAUUAAAUUAGCGGAACUGAAUCGUGUUUGUACGAACUGGAGUAUUGAAGUUCAGCAUUUUAGAGGCAAAAAUAUGUGCUUCCGAGCACCAAUACAUUGGAUAUUUUUAGCAUAAGUACUGGUCGUGAUACAAAAUAUAUUUGAUGGCUCAAA